CAUUUUAAAGACGUUAUUUCGGUAAAUAAAUUGUUUUAUGGUUAACUACUUUUAUAUUUUUUAACAGUCAAACAUCGGUGGAAGCCAACUGUCGAGGCGCGAGACUCAAACAAAACAGAAGCGAGGGCGAAAUUCCGAAGAAAAAAUAUAGACCUUUACUGUUCAUCAUGAAGACCUCGAAAGCAGCACUGAAGACCAGAGUUCAGGAGGAAUGUGGAGUUUGGUUAGACACGGUGCAGCUGAAAGGGAAAGCUAAACAGAAACGACCACCUCGUCCCAUUUCUAAAUUGCUGAAUCCCUUCACUGGAGGUCAGGGGUAUAAUUUGGCUGUGGCUCUGAACUUCACUCAGACAAAACUGGAAAUGCCAAAGACUAAACAGAGCUCCAUCUCAACCUUCUUCUCACCACAGCGCAGAGUUCUUAAUAAGAUGUCUACCGCUGAAGUCCUAAACCUUCCAGUGUUACCUGCUUCUUCAUCUAAGUCAUCCACACACGCCAUAGCUGCUUCAAUACCUGUAUCAUCAGGGACAAAACGAAGCCGUGAAACAGAUCACAUCUUUGUGUCUGGUCCAGACCAUGAACAAUAUGAAACUGUGAGCGAGGCCGAGGCAGCAGUAUGUCCAGAGCCAACACAGAAACUGACACCUUCUAAAAACGUGUUCCCCGAAUUUGAAAAGCAGUUUGAGGAGAUAAAUCCACCACUGAGGAAGAGGAGACUAAUUUCAAACACCUCAUUGCUAGAAGAGAGUCAACCUUGUCCACAAGCAUGGAGUCAGGACCCUGUACUCUCAUUUAGCCAGUAUACUGAAGAUGAAGUGGACCUUACUUACCAGAAGAAUGAAGCAGAGAACAACAUCAGUGACUCUGAGCCAAGUUUCCUUAACAGUCUGCAGAGUGAGGAUGCCUUUGGUGCUCAGAUGGAGGGCAGAACUUCGACUCAAAAAGCCUUUAAUUCCUCUCAGAUGGAUGAGAAAGAAAACAGAUGUAUUUUGUCGAGUAAAUCCCCAAGGAAACAAUAUACUCCCUCUCACAUUGCAUCACUGUCAAAUCAGAAAAAAACCAAACCAAAAACUGCAUCACCUCGGAAAAACUUUCCUUCCCACUUGUUGAAAAACACUGAUAAAGAGGAGAGCUCUGACUGUCAGUUUAACUGGACGAAACCGAGCGUUUCUCCUCUUAAAAAUCGACUGCCACUGCAGCCUUGCAGACCGGUUGAUGAUGACAGUUUGGCUAUGUUGUUCACGCAGGACUCUGAGGGUUUCAGAGUGAUAGCCCACAGAGGUCUGAAAGCCCGGAGUCCACUCAAAGACCAGAGUAACAGAAGAACUUUCAAAUAUGUUGAAGAAGAGGACGAGGAGGAAGAUGAAAUGCUCUUUACUCAGGACUCUCAGGGAAAUAUGGUGAUCAAGCACUGAGGGGGAUCUUUUGAUCUUAUUAGGAAUCUAACUGUAUGAACAGUCUGAAUGUAAACUAUAUCUUUAAAAAUUGUAUAAAAGUAUUAGUUUUACAUCUUUAGACUUUCAUAAAUCAGCUGUAGGUAAAUCUUCUACCUUCAUACGGAUUUUUUUCAAAGCACAGACAUGGCAGGUAUAACGUACACAGAAAGAUAAAACCCAAACACAUGAUAAAAAAAUAAAUGUAAAAAAAAAAACAAAACAUAAAGUCUCACACAACUAGACUGACUGCUUACUUAUUUUUUUGAUUAACUUUAAGAGUGGAAAAUAUAUUUUCAAUGGCUGUUUUAUCCUUAUGUAAAGAAGCCUGAAGUUUACACAUCCAAACAUUUUUACAUAAUAAAGAGUAAUUUUCACGA